UUACAAGAUGUGAUCAAAUUAUGAGAAUCUGCAACACUGUGAGACUUUGAUCCCUGCAUGAGCCAUCUGUCACCGUUCCCUCCCAGUAAUAAGCUUGUUUUAUUUUCACUCAGUGGUGAGUAGUUUUAAAGAAAUAAAUUACUGUAAUCCCUAAAGUAAUGGUCCGAUAUUAUGCAUGGGGCACAAUUGUCACGUUUAGUCCAUUUUAAAACUUGUUUUCUUAGCUUCUUCUUUUUAAACAAACAGUCAUGGUGGCACUAGGUGCAGCCAGUGGCCAGUGCCCCUUUAAACUGUUUUGAAAUUAUGGACCGGCUGCUGUCUUCAUUCAAGUUAACAUCUGAGUUGGUUUGGCUGCACAAUAAAUGCUAUAGGAACCCUCAGAAGCCUCAAGCUGUUUUGGAGGUUGUGCAGCAAUGCUUGGAAAUGUACCUCCUUUUGCCUCAAUGCUUCCACAUGCACACCCUUCAGAGAGUACAGUCCUGCAAGGAGGUAUGAUUAAAUCAGACAGAACGGGUAAUGUGAGGUUGAACUCUUCAUGUGCCCUCAGGGCAAGGUGUGUGUCUAUCAAAUUAAUCACCUUUAAACCUAUGUUCCAUCUGAGGCAGAAUCCUUGCUUAAGCACGACAUCUGCAAAGCGACCUCUUCAGUUUUUGGAUACACUUGUACCAACAAAAUCAGCGAGAGCUUGUGGUGCCAAUUUGCCUUUGGUAGUAACAUUUAUUUAUUUUUUAUUAACAAAUGAUUCCUUCAACAAAAGGGAAUUUACAACAGAGUGGAGUGCGCAAGUGGGAAGCUCAUUUGUUCUUUGUUUACAUACAAGGUGAGCUGUGUUGGUCUCGUCUGUACAGUCUAUAUGCACAGCGCUCGCCCUACGCAUCAGUCAACUGCUGAUACAAAGAAUAAUGAGCCGAUCAAGACAUGUGGGCAAGAUAAGGAAACGGCUAGAGGAGAUCAAGAAUCAGUCAGUCAGGCCAACAAAAGCAGAUUUCAGCCACCAUGAAAGUGUAAGACUAGCUACUGAUGCCCUGUUGGACGGUGGGACUGAAUCUUAUCUCAGAGCCUUAAAUGAAGAAGGAGAGGUGGAUUUUCUGUCAUCCGUCGAAGCUCAGUAUAUCAAGAAAAAUGCCAGAGAGCCUUACUAUGCUAACGAAUCUCCCACAGAGAGGGAGACUGGACCAAGGCAGAAUGAUGCUGGCUCUCUCCAGUCAGGAACAUACUUCCCUGUAUCUGAAGGUAGUGAACCAGCCCUGCUUCACACAUGGCGCACAGCAGAGAAGCCCUAUCUAAAGGAGAAAUCCAGUGCCACUGUGUACUUCCAAACAGAGAAGAACAGCAACAUCAGAGACAUUAUACGCCGCUGCAUUAGCAAGACCAGUCAGGUUCUGGCCAUUAUGAUGGAUGUUUUCACUGAUACCGAGGUAUUCUGUGAUGUGCUAGAGGCAGCUAACAAACGAGGUGUUUUUGUCUAUCUGUUGCUUGAUCAAAGCAACAUAAAGCUCUUCAGUGAGAUGUGUGACAAGGUGCAGAUUGCAGAGGAUCACUUUAAGAAUAUUUCAGUCCGAAGUGUUACUGGAGAGGUUUACUGUGCCAAGUCAGGCAGGAAAUUCUCAGGGCAAAUCCAGGAAAAAUUCAUCAUUUCUGAUUGGAGAUACGUUCUCUCUGGAUCAUACAGCUUCACAUGGCUGUGUGGCCAGGUUCACCGGAACUUCCUUUCCAAGUUCACUGGCCAAGUUGUAGAGCUCUUUGAUGAAGAGUUUCGACACCUCUAUGCUUUGUCCAAGCCAGUGAUGGGACUGAGAUCUCCCCCACACACAGUGCCCUUCUUGCUAAACACAAGCACCACCACCCAAGGCAGCCUCACUAGCAGCAGCAACCAGGGAAGUGCCAAUACUCCUUCAGAUCCAUUCAGUAGCUUGUCGGCCAAUAGCACGUAUCAAACCAAACAACCCCCCAGCACUCCCAUGUACAGCAGCAACCCAACAUCACAGUCACCACUUCAUAGAGGUAACUCCUUCCAUGGCUACACCUCAUUCAUGUCAACCCAACCAUGGAAGACCAUCCAGACCAACUACUAUCAGUGGCAGCAUGUUGCUGACACCCCAGCACUCCUUUAUAAUAAUGUUAACAUCUACAAACCUAUGCAAUUUAGACAAGAUGAUGUAAACAGGUCCAGAUUAAACCCAUUGUGGUGAUGCCUUCACAAAGCUAACCUGAUUACAUAACCACCUUGUUUUGUAUUACAAACAAAUGUAUUGAAGAUUCAUUUUAGCAAUAGCCUGUUCAGUGAUGAACACUCAGCAUAGAAAUUAUGUAUAAUAUAAAAUGGGGAGACUUGCAA